CCUCCUUUGUUCGCUUUUUCCUUGCAACCUACGCCCUAAAAUCAAAGAUUUAUUUUUGAUUUUAACAUCUUGUGGCCUUUCUAUUCAAUAUCCACAAAAUUGAUCAAUUUAUAUGAUUUCAACCCACAAUCAUUUUAUCUAUUAAUCCCUCCAUUCUGAUCUAUUUUUUUUCUUUUGUUAGAAUUUUGGUAUUGAGGUUGUGGAAGGAAAUGGACGACGUGAAAGACAAGAUGAAAGGGUUCAUGAAGAAAGUCAACAACCCUUUCUCAUCAUCAUCCUCUGGAAAAUUCAAGGGCCAAGGUAGAGUCUUGGGAUCUUCUUCAUCUUCACCAAGCAAUUCCAUUCCUACCCUUCGCCCCAAUCCUAUUUCGAAACCCACUUCAGCUGCAACGAGUUCCACUCCCUUACCUCAGAAAACGACCGAGAGGGCUCACAAACCGAGAGAUGAUGGGUUUGACCCUUUUGAUUCUUUGGUCACCUCAGCCAAGAGAUCUCAAAAUGGGUAUUCACUGAAUGUGUUUGAAUGCCCCAUUUGUAAACAACCUUUUAGAUCCGAAGAAGAGGUGUCUGUACACGUGGAUGGUUGUUUGAGUAACCAAGUUGAGCGUGAUGAUGGAAAUGCUGUCUCAGAAUUGCCAGAGAAUGAAGUUGAGUCAAAUAGUGAAUUGGAGGUUUGUCUUGGUACUUACAUUUCUGGUAAGCCAUCUGAGGGAUCAGUUGAUGUUGUUUUCAAAUUGUUGAGGAAUAUUGUUAGGGAACCGGAGAAUGUCAAGUUUAGGAAGAUCAGGAUGAGUAACCCAAAGAUAAAAGAGGCUGUUGGUGAGGUUAUAGGGGGAGUUGAGUUGCUGAGCUUUCUUGGCUUUGAACUUAAGGAGGAGAAUGAAGAGACAUGGGCAGUGAUGGAGGUUCCUACAGAGGAGCAAAUUAAACUGAUUAAGAAAGCAAUUGUGUUGCUGGAAACACAACUUGUACAAGAACCUCCAAAGAGAGAGAAUUUGGCGUCCACAACUUCUGCUGAUAUAGAUUCAAAGGAUAAACCAAAGCAGGUCGACAGACAGGUGAAGGUCUUCUUUGCUGUCCCUGAAAGCGUUGCAGCUAAAAUUGAGCUACCAGAUUCCUUCUAUAAACUUUCAGUCGAAGAGGUGAGAAGAGAAGCUGAAUUAAGGAGAAAAAAGAUUGAGGAGUCUCAGCUUUUAAUCCCAAAGUCACUUAAAGAAAAGCAAGCUAAAGCUGCCAGGAAGAGAUACACAAAAACUAUCAUUAGGAUUCAGUUUCCAGAUGGAGUUGUACUUCAAGGUGUAUUUUCUCCAUGGGAACCAACUACUGCUCUCUAUGAGUUUGUGAGCUCGGCAUUAAAAGAACCAGGUUUGGAAUUUGAGCUAAUGCAUCCUGUGGUUAUCCAACGGCGGGUGAUCCCUCAUUUUGCAAAAGCAGGGGGAAAUACUAAAACAAUAGAGGAAGAAGACCUCGUACCUUGUGCUCUAAUUAAGUUCAAGCCCCUGGAAACAGAUUCUGUUGUUUUCACCGGUCUCAAAAAUGAAUUGCUUGAAAUCUGCGAACCACUUGUCAAUGGUUAAGCAAUUGCUUCUCUGUGAAACUAUACUGGUUUCUUUCCUUAAUUUUCACAAUUUUCUUUUUCUUUUUCUUUUUAUUGGUGGAGAUAUAGAAUAGAUAUCAUUUAUUCUACUCAUCUUUUAUUUAUAAUUUUGUGACAAACUACUACAUUAUAGUCUGAUGCAUUAUAGACUGGUAUGGCUGAAGGAUGGAUCGAUAUAUUAAGAGUCCCUACCAA